GGGCAUUAGCUGUUGGUUGGUGGCUGGGUUAGUUGGUUGGUUUGGUUGGUUUGGUUGGCUGGUUGAUUGGAUGGUUGGUUGGUUGGUUGGUUGGUUGGUUGGUUGGUUGGUUGGACAGCAAUUGCAUUUAUUCAGUUAGCCACUGAACUUGGAUAUUCAUGAAUUGUUGAAUCUGAAUCAGUACAGAAGCUGUUGCUUGGCUGGAAAGAAAUUAGAGUUUGAGGACACAGAAAUUAUACUUGGACAUUCAGGAGCUGUUGGACCCUGACAUAGUGAGUUUCUCCAACUUUGGAGACUUCAACUUGCUCUUUUUGACUUUGGUUUCUGUAUUUGCUGGCUUGCGUUAUGCAUUUACAUUUCCAUGUUUUUUAUUAUCUUCUAUUUCACUUUUUAUUAAAUUAUGUUUGCUAUGUUAGAGUAUUCUAUUUUUUCACUUCAUAUGUAUGACAGAUUUGCAUCCUCAUAUGCCUUGAGUACCAUAUCCCAGGUGCAUUCUGUGGAGGUCAGAAGAGGGAGUCAGGUUUUCUGGGUCUGGAGUUACAGGGGUUGUGAGUCUCUCACACCAUCCCUAAGAUUGAUACAAUAACAUAUUCACAUAGCAUAACUCAGUUGUGUAAGAAAAUAAAAUCUCUCUAUACCUGUCUAUAGUUCCACUUCCCCGAAAUCUGAUUCCUUUGCUAACCUGACAGCUCAUACUAAUAAAAUUAUAUAGAAAGACUUGUAUCACUAUUUUAAGUGGUGUAUACCACCUGUGAGUGUGCUGUAUAGGUGUGAUUAGAGUCGAGAGGUGUAGUAACCCCUGGAGCUGGAGUUAGGGUAGCUGUGGGCACCUGUGUUCUGAGAACCACCUACAGGUCCUCUGCCUGAGUAGCCAAAUUUGGGAACUCCAGACGCAGAUCGCCAUCCUGCACAGUAUAGGUUUUCGGGGAUCUGUUCUCUUUACACCUUCUCUUGAAGCUGAUAUUCUAGAUGCCUCUACUCAAAGAGAAUGCUGAGAUCAGGAGAGAGGAUGGUGAGCUUUUCCAAUUUAGUGGCUUUUAGUGUCUAGGAUUCUCUCAGUUUGGAGUUGGUCCCUGACAACCGCCUCUAUGUCAUAUUUUGCAUCUGCUCAUUUGCAGUAGGUCCUUGUCCUUCCCUUCCCAAUAUGUAAAGUACAUGUCUAGAUUGUCUGAUGUUUUUCUGAGCUUUUUUUCUCAUCUCUUUAAUGUAGGAAUUUGAGCGUAUCAACAUGUUCUGGAGCCUGAUUUUAAAUGUCUGUUUUAUUUCUCAUUGCAAGUUUGCUUCUAGCCAUAUAAAGGAGGGCCUGAUCAUGGAGCAGGACCCAGAGAGCCGAGAGUCUAUCGAGAACUUUACCACUGACUAUAAGAUCAUAAGAACCCUGGGAAGGGGACGAUUUUCAGUCGUAAAAAUGGCCUACCACGUCCCAACCCUCACCUGUGUAGCUAUAAAAGUUCUCAAGAACACCGAGAAGUGCUCCUCAGUGAUGAGCAGGGAAGUUGACAUUCUAAAGUCCCUGGGCCAUCCUCAUAUCAUCAAGGUGGUCGAAGUGGUCCAGACAAGAGAGGCCACCCACCUGGUCAUGGAGCAUGCCUCUCAGGGAGACCUACUGGACCGAAUCCGGGAAUGUGGAUAUUUAAAGUCGUGGGAGGCCCGAAGAAUGUUUAGACAGAUAUUAGAGGCAGUACAAUUCUGCCAUGACAAUAAUAUUGUCCACCGAGACAUAAAGGCCAACAACAUUUUGAUAGACGGAAGGUCGAAUGCCAAGCUCUGUGAUUUUGGCCUAGCUGCUAAAACACUUCCUGGGCAGAAGCUGAUUGAUUUCUGUGGCACGCUGCCAUACUGUGCGCCAGAAUUCUUUGAAGCUGAGGAAUAUGAGGGCCGCCCAUUUGACGUAUGGAGUGUAGGUGUCCUCCUCUUCUUCAUGGUGACUGGGCACUUGCCUUUCCUAGGCAAGUCAUUUGCAGAGGUGAGGAGACAAAUCAGUUCAGCCAAUUUCAGCAUUCCGCCUCACGUUGCCAACGAUAUUUUCAAUGUUAUAGUGGAAAUGCUGAUGAUAAAUCCCAGCAGGAGGCCCAGCAUCCAGCAAAUUAUGAUGCGCCCCAUGAUCAAAGACAGCCAGGACUACUCACCACCGACAUCCAUACAGACGUUCACAGGAACACCAAGCCCUAGCACCAUCAAAGCCACGAGAGUCAUGAGGCAUACACCUGAGAAAAGCACUGAGUCUCUGAUAGACCAAAAUAUCAACGAGGUGCUGGCAACAUACUUGAUUCAACAGCACAAGCCACUCAGGAAAGUCUGCACACACCACCAAGUGGAGCCAGGUCUAGAAGAUCUUCACUCCUUCCCUCGUUUUCUUAAGAGAAAGGGACCUCUUCUCUCCUCCUUCACCUUGUCCUCACAUUCAUCCAAUAUUCCGGAGAAGGAGGAUAGGAAGAAUUCCAGGAAGGUUGUCAGAAGGCAUGCUGUAGGCUACCAGCAAACAAGGACCAACACCGUCCAGCUCGAUCUCCUGGACUGUCCUAUAGCUGAAGAAUUCAGGGAUAACAGGCUGCAAAUCAGGAAGACAUUCUCAGACUCCAAGACUGUGUUGUCUUGUAGUCUAACUGAACAUAUCCAGUCACCUCGACUUCAAUACACCUAUUCCACUACAGCAGACCGGAAUGUGUCCUCCUUCAUACCGCCACAUGAUUUCUGUGCAUCACUGCAGACACCUAAGGGGAUAAGCCUUGCAGGCUGCUCUGGAGAUACCUGGCAGAGAGAGACACUCGUGGACAAAAACACCUUCAUCAAGGAAGAGGCCAUGGUUCAUGAAGAUACCGUCACUAGUGGCCAGCCACAAGUUCCUUGCCCAGCUUCCCGUCGGGGAUGGCGUCAGCACUGGAAGGGGUUUAAAAAGACAAUUAGUAGAAGCCUUCGAAACCUGUGCUGCUGUCUGCCACCACCAUCAGAAAAUCAAGUCUCCUGCAAUAACUUGGCUCUCAGGAAGAGAGGAGAACAUUGUGUCACCCACAGAACCAGGUGGGUGCAUGUCCUCAUUCGUUUCAUCCAUAUUCCCUCCUGUCCUUUGUGACAAAUGAGGAUGGUCCUUGAGGCACACAGAAACUUGACAAACUGUAACUUCAGAAAGAUUAAGUCCAUAGAAACCCCUGAAGGGUGAUCUGAUGCUUUGUGAGUCAUAAGGGGAAUCAGAGACACUGAUUAAAGCAGGACGAGAGGGAGGUGGGGGCAUGCCCAAAUGGGGCAGAGAGUCCUAAGACAACCAGUGGGGUGCUAUGACUCUUUAUGGAAAGCACAGGAAGUUCUCUGUUUUUCAGACACCAAGAGCCUCUUUUCUGUCUUUUUCUUUUCAAGUCCUGAAGAACAGCAGCCUCAGCUCCCUGGCUUUUAAGCCAGUGGUGGGGGUUGGCCUGGCUGAAAAUUAUACAGUCUCAGAGGAGCCAGGCCAGACGUCCAGGUGCCUGUGUGCUUGCAGGCCCCUUCUCCAGAGGAAGAGCUGUCCACACCACAGCAAGGUCUCUCCAGGUAAAGCCUCAGGCAGGAAGGCCUGCCUUUUCACUGUGUCUUGCUCAGAAGGGAGGGAUGAAGUAGAACAGUGCCCUAAAAGUGUCAGUGGAUCAGUAGCCCUCUGCCCUCUCUUCUAGCAGAGGUAAACAUCAGAGACUGUUCUGUGGGACUGUACUGUUCUUUGCUUCCUGUUUCUUGCAGAGAACAUGGUCUUCAUCAUGAAGUAGACUUCUCAGAAAAGUCUCCCUAGUCAGCCCAUCAGACCUGAGCUAAAAUGGGUUCCCAGGUUGAAUAUGAGACCUCUAUGUCUCCUCUGAAGGGAAUUCUCCUGUCAAACUUUGACCAGACCCUCACCCAUCCCCACUGCCCUGCAAAUGAUAUCACAGUUUAUAUUGCUUAAGUCCUCAGACCCAACUCAGGGUAAAGCUUACAAAACCCAUACUGUGGAGUGACUCCCAAGGCAGCUGUGCCCUCUCUCUCACCAGUUCUGCCCUGUAAUUACUCACCUCUCUAUGUUUGCUCCCUCAAGGCCAACUUUCAAAUGUCUAACUGGAUUCCUACCUGUGUCACAGCCUCCUCGAAGGAGGAGGGACAGGUGUUAUGAGCAGAGUCAAAAGAAUAACUUAAUGAUGGAGCAGCAAAUUGGUGUGGCCCUAGCUCAUGCCAGCUUCCGGCCUCCACUGGAGUAUGCAUUCCACUGGAUAAAUCUACCCAGGCUGCUUCCAUUAACCUGAGAAUUUGCACACUGCUUUUUUAUGCCCAGUUAAACAGCCUUGCAAUUCCUUUGUGAGAGCUUCUGGGAAGCUUUCCCUGUCCCUCCUACUGUUACAUUUGUUAAGAUAUCAUCUCCUGUGUUCUUUUUAACUAGACUGUAUCAACAUCUUCCACAGCAUGAGGUGUACAGAAUACCAUAUGACUGACGUGGAGGGUCCCUCUGACGCAGUGUCUCUCUUAAUUUGUUCAAAGGACAUCAAGGAUCCUGGCAUAGUAAUCCUGCAGUGAUAUGUGCUGAGUUUAACAGCAUGUCCCUAUAGUUCUCCACCAUUGUGAUCACAUACAUAUUUCUCAUGUGCUUUAUCCCCUGAGCUACAGGAAAUUCUCUUACGACAGACAAUCGUUUCCUGUCUAAUUUGAGUGGGAAAGCAUAUCAUAUUCCACUCUGGAGCAAGAAGAGCACUAUAUGAACUCGUGUAUCUGAACCCACAAUGCACAAGUUUGGGAAAGUUCAUUAAAGGGGUUCUUUGCUGGCCUCUAGCACUGAACCAGGUUAGCUACUCAGACAAAACCAAGGAAAGCCUCUCACAGACCCUGGCCAGCCUAGGUUUUAAGAGUUGGCCUCACACCCUGAUGAUUCCUUGUCAUCCAUACCCUGAUAUGUAGAAGCCCUGGUGAGUCUAUAUCUCUGUCAGUGUGUCUGUCUUUACUUUUACAUGAACUACUUCCAUGCAGGUGGGUCUCAAUGGAUGUUUCUUAUACUGGACUCCUAGAGAGCCAUGUACCCCUCAGGAUGGUCUUAAGUGGAAAACACAAAAUAGAAACAUCAAGUAUAAAAUCCCAAUUGAUGGAAAUAGAUUCACAAAAUUAAAAACCAACAGAUGAAAAACACUAACCACUCCAAUAAAAAUCCUUAAUACAUCACUCUUAAUUCUAACAGACUCACAGGUGUAUGCUAAGGGAACAUAUUCCAUGUACAAUAGACAGAAGAAAUUGGUUCUUAUUUUCUGAUAUGUUUAUGUAAAUUAAGCAUACUUUCAUUUUUUUUCUUCAUACAUUUGUUUUGUUUUUUUUUCCUAUUUUGGAAUAGUGUUGCUAUGCUGGUUUUAGUGUUCACACAGUCAAACCUAAAAUUCAGAGAGAAUACCACUAGGGAUAGAAUCAAAGCCCAGGCUACAUUUGUCUUCCUCUUGAUCUUGCUGCCUCUGUUCCUCCUUUAGUGUAAUGCUAUGCUGCGAACAUUUCUGUUUUCAUCAAGGUCUCUUAAAUCCCAACAGGCCACCUUGUAGCUAAAGAUUACCUUGAGCACGAUCCUCUUCUUCCUGUCUCUAAUUCUGCAAUGUAGAAGUUUCAGUUCUGAUCCACUCUACCCUGUCAAGUAACACAACUUCAAGGCCAGUAUAGGCAAGAGGAAGUACCAGGCUGAGUGCAAUCCUGUCAGAAAAAGGACAUUCUAAAUAUUUUUACCUGGCAAUCUGGUCUCUGCAGCUGGGGAGAUGGAUGUUGGGUAAAGUGUCACAGUGCAACAAAAGGACUCUGGAAAUCAGACAAGGAAGAAUCAUGGUGUCAUCUUAGGCCUUGAGCUUAACAGAGGCAG